AUGACGAAAUCAAUAACCGCCAACCCGCAGGGCCAGUUCUCGGUCGAGGACUACACGGUGUUUACGAUCAUGCUUGGCAUCUCGACCGCGAUCGGUGUGUACUUUGGGUUUUUCCAGAAGAAGAACAAUCAAACCACGGAAGAGUAUCUGCUCGGUGGGCGAAAGAUGAAAACGUUCCCGAUUGCGAUAUCCCUGAUUGCCAGCCAGCUGUCGGGCGUAUCGAUAAUGUCGGUGCCGGCGGAAAUGUACUCGUACGGUGCACAGUACUGGAUCAUCGCACCGACGAUGAUACUGAUCACGAUGAUCAUCAACUACAUCUUCGUGCCAGUGUUCUACAACAAUCACAUCACCAACUGCUACCAAUAUCUGGAGGAUCGGUUCAGUCCGGCGGUGAAAAAGUUCGUCACGUUUACGUACGUCCUGAACAUCUACCUGAUACUGCCCAUCUUCAUCUUCAUCCCGGCGCUGGCCUUUUCGCAAGUCACCGGCAUCAACAUCCACCUGAUCAACGGGAUCGUGUGCGGCGUUUGCAUCUUCUACACAAUGCUCGGCGGCAUUAAGGCGGUCGUGUGGACGGAUGUGGUGCAGGGGAUGAUUAUGUUUGUGUCCUGCUUUCUGGUGGUGGUUAUUGGUGUGGCAAAGAUCGGUGGACUGUCCGAGGUGCUUGAUCGUGCUGCCGCCGGUGAUAGGCUAGAACUUUUCGACAUGACACUGGACACGACAACGCGCCAAACUUUUUGGACCGCCAGCGUGGGUAACCUCUUCCUGUGGACCGGUUACUUGGGGUUAAGCCAGAGCUGCGUGCAACGUAUCGUGUCGGUGCCGAGUAUGCGGCAUGCACGGGCAGCCUUGUGGAUCUUUUGUGUCGGUUUCAUCAUCAUCAUGACGCUCAACUGCUUUACCGGCAUUGUCAUCUUCGCCAAAUACUUCGACUGUGAUCCGAUAAAGGUUGGGCUGGUGCAGAAGGCUGACAAGUUGCUGCCCUUCUUCGUACAGGAUGUCGUCGGUAACUUGAAGGGUAUGCCGGGCGUGUUUAUCUCGUGUGUGUUUAGUGCAGGAUUAAGCACGAUGUCGGCGAACCUCAACUCUCUGGCGGGUUUGAUCUACGAGGAUUACAUACGCCCGUUUAAGCUAUUCAAACAUACCGACGCCUCGGCAAACAGGACCAUGAAGCUGCUGAUCUUCGUCAGCGGUGUUUACUGCAUUGCGAUGGGAUUGAUCGUGGAACAGUUCGGCCACAUCCUGCAGAUGGUCGUUACGAUCGCCAGCGUUACGCAGGGUGCCGUUAUGGGUAUAUUCUGCCUUGGUAUGCUCUGGCCGUGGGCCAACAAACAUGGCGCUCUGUGGGGUUCCGCUUCAAGCGUGAUCGUGAUGUCUUGGAUCAUUGCGGGGGCACAGAUAGCGAUCAGUAACAAGGCACUGAUCUACCCGCCCAAGACCACCAGCGUCGAAGGGUGCUACGAGUACGGGUUCAACGUAACGGCAAACGAUUUCCCCACGCUUGUGGCACCACAGGACGAUGCCGAAUUUUCCAUCUACAAAAUGUCCUUCGUCUGGUACUCGACCGUGGGCACGUUUAUGGUGUUUCUGGUCGGCAUUCCUGUUAGUUACUUUACCGGUUCGCAGGAUAUGCGCAACUUCCGACCGAAGCUAAUAUCCCCACUGGUCCACUGGUUGCUACCGGAGGAGGUGCGACAAAACGAAUUUUCGUUGAAGGCGGACAAUGAAAAACUUCACGCAGGACCUAUUAAAGAAUGGACGUUUACAGCGAACGAAACGGAAAAGUAUAAAGAACGGAACGGAAUCAUUGAGCAGACGUUGUAG